GUCAAGAUUGGUUAUAUUUUAUUUAUACUCUGAAAUGGAUGGCAAAUAGAGAAGAAUCAUCAUCUUUAUACAUUUAUCUUAAUUACAAAAGAGAUAAAAGAACAAUAUUAAACUUUACAACAACUGACCGAGAAAUUAAAAUGUGUUAAGUCUUGCAAACUUUAAAUUCAUAAAAUAUGUUUACAAAGUUCUAUACUAGAAACAGACAGAAGAAAAUGAUACAGUCAGACAUGAAGACAAAUGUAUAUGGAUAGACACAAAGAGAUGUGUGUGUUAUAAGUAUAACAUUUGUCCUGGAGGCACGUACAAACAAAUGGUGUUUUGUUGGGGCACAAAGCUCACAGUUCUCAAUGUGGACAUUUCUAUUUGGGCAGAGCAUGUGAUUUAUGGGUUUGACAGAUGGAUGCUGCUGGAGUUGUGAAGUAUGACAUUGUAUAAUCCUGCAAUCCCCUUCAAUAUGACCUGCGUAUUAUAACAGAGUAUUGACAAAGUUCUGUGCAUAGCUAAGAGACACAAACUCAUUUUCUUGUGAAUCUAUUGCCACCGGUGAAGUUACAAGAAAAUACAUUGAGUAUGUGUUAUAAAUUUGCCAUAAAAUCUGUCUUAUUCCACUUGUAAACACCUCCAGGAAUGUCAGAGAUGCUUAUCAUCAUUUGGCAGCUUGGAUGGCCCUAUUUAUACCCACAUGGGAAUGGGAGAAAAGUGUUGAACAGAUAUUAUCUAGAUAGACACAUACAAGUAGAGAGACUUUCUACAGAGAAUUGGAGAUUGGAAAAGUAGAUAGAUUAUCUAGACAGAUUGUGAGGGAAGGAGACAGAGAAUCAGAGAUAAGCAGCACAGAGAUUAUCAAGAGUGAUAGAGAAGAAAUCAUUGCUAGAUUAAGAAUGGGAGAUAUGUAUAUAUAUAUAUAUAUAUAUAUAUAUAUAUAUAUAUAUAUAUAUAUAUAUAUAUAUGUAGAUAUGUUAUUAGAUAAUCAGUUGUGUAGCUAUGUAGGUGGAUAUAAAGAGAGAGAAAGAGAAGAAAGUAGGAGAGAGCGUUGGAGGAAGAUGCAGGUAAAGAUAUUGUCUUUAGAUAAUAGGAUAUGGGUGAUGUUAUCUAGAUAGAGAUAAGAAAGUGAGACAGAAACAUAGAAAGAGGAGCAGAGAUAAAGCACAAAGAAUGGGGAGGAGGAACAUUUGUUAGAAUGAGAUCAAAUGAGGCAAUGGUGGAUAUGUUGAUAGAUAUAGAUAUCUCUAUUUAUAUAAAUAGGUAGCUAUAUAUAACAAUAUAUAUAUUUGUAAGUGGGUAGAAAUGUAGAUGAAUACAGGAGAAAAAUGGAGAUGGAUAUAUUUAGAGUGGGAGAAACAUAUAAGUAGGAUUUUGUCUACAGCUAAUAGGAAGUUAGAGAGGAAAGAAUAUUAUCAAUAUAGAGUGAGAAAAGCAGAUGAAGGAGAAACAGACACAGAGACAGAGGAAGGAGAAACAGAGACAGAGGAAGGAGAAACAGACCCAAAGGCAGAGGAAGGAGAAACAGAAACAGAGACAGAGGAAGGAGAAACAGACAAAGAGACAGAGGAAGGAGAAACAGAAGCAGAGCCAGGGGAAGGAGAAACAGAGACAGAGAAAGGAAAAACAGAAGCAAAAACAGAGGAACGAGAAACAGAAGCAGAGACAGAGGAAGGAGAAACAGAGAAAGAGACAGAGGAAGGAGAAACAGAAGCAGAGACAGGGGAAGGAGAAACAGAGACAAAAGGAAGGAGAAACCAAAACAGAGACAGAGAAAGGAGAAGCUGAAGCAGAAACAGAGAUAGAUGAAGGAUAAACAGAAGCAGAGACAGAGGAAGGAGAAACAGAAACUGAAACAGAGGAAGGAGAAACAGAAGCAGAGACAGAGAAAAAGAAGCAGAGACAAAGGAAGAAAAAACAGAAGCAGAGGAAGGAGAGACAGAGACAGGGGAAGGAGAAAGAGAGACAGAGGAAGGAGAAACAGAGACAGAGGAAGGAACAACAGAAGCAGAAACAGAGGAAGGAGAAACAGAAACAGAGACAGAGGAAGGAGAAGGAGAAACAGAGACAGAGGAAGGAAAAACAGAAGCCGAGACAGAGGAAGGAGAAACAAACAGAGAGACAGAGGAAGGAGAAACAGAAGCAGAGACAGAUAGAGAUGUUAUAGAUAUGUUAUUAGAUAAUCAGUUGUGUAGCUAUGUAGGUGGAUAUAAAGAGAGAGAAAGAGAAGAAAGUAGGGGGAGAAGAGAGAGAGCGUUGGAAGAAGAUGCAGGUAAAGAUAUUGUCUUUAGAUAAUGGGAUAUGGGUGAUGUUAUCUAGAUAGAGAUAAGAAAGUGAGACAGAAACAUUGAAAGAGGAGCAGAGAUAAAGCACAAAGAAUGGGGAGGAGGAACAUUUGUUAGAAUGAGAUCAAAUGAGGCAAUGGUGGAUAUGUUGAUAGAUAUUGAUAUCUCUAUUUAUAUAAAUAGGUAGCUAUAUAUAACAAAAUAUAUAUUUGUAAGUGGGUAGAAAUGUAGAGGAAUAGAGAAGAAAAAUGCAGAUGAAUAUAUUUAGAGUGGGAGAAACAUAUAGGUAGGAUUUUUUCUACAACUAAUAGGAAGCUAGAGAGGAAAGAAUAUUAUCUAUAUAGAGUGAGAAAAGCAGAUGAAGAAGAAACAGACCCAAAGGCAGAGGAAGGAGAAACAGAAACAGAGUCUGAGGAAGGAGAAACAGACAAAGAGACAGAGGAAGGAGAAACAGAAGCAGAGAUAGAGGAAGGAGAAACAGACAAAGAGACAGAUGAAGGAGAAACAGAAGCAGAGACAGGGGAAGGAGAAACAGAGACAGAUGAAGUAGAAACCAAAACAGAGACAGAGGAAGGAGAAGCUGAAGCAGAAACAGAGACAGAUGAAGGAUAAACAGAAGCAGAGACAGAGAAAGGAGAAAGAGAAACUGAGACAGAGGAAGGAGAAACAGAAGCAGAGACAGAGAAAAAGAAGCAGAGACAAAGGAAGAAAAACAGAAGCAGAGACAGAGGAAGCAGAAACAGAAGCAGAGGAAGGAGAAACAGAGACAGGGGAAGGAGAAACAGAGACAGAGGAAGGAACAACAGAAGCAGAAACAGAGGAAGGAGAAACAGAAACAGAGACAGAGGAAGGAGAAACAGAAACAGAGACAGAUGAAGGAGAAACAGAGGAAGGUGAAGGAGAAACAGAGACAGAGGAAGGAAAAACAGAAGCAGAGACAGGGGAAGGAGAAACAAACAAAGAGACAGAGGAAGGAGAAACAGAAGCAGAGACAAGGGAAGGAGAAACAGAGACAGAGGAAGGAGAAACAGAAUCAGAGACAGAGGGAGGAGAAGCAGAAACAGACGAAGGAGAAACAGAAGCAGAGACAGAUAGAGAUGUUAUAGAUAUGUUAUUAGAUAAUCAGUUGUGUAGCUAUGUAGGUGAAUAUAAAGAGAGAGAAAGAGAAGACAGUAGGGGGAGAAAAGAGAGAGCAUUGGAGGAAGAUGCAGGUAAAGAUAUUGUCUUUAGACAAUAGGAUAUGGGUGAUGUUAUCUAGAUAGAGAUAAGAAAGUGAGACAGAAACAUAGAAAGAGGAGCAGAGAUAAAGCACAAAUAAUGGGGAGGAGGAACAUUUGUUAGAAUGAGAUCAAAUGAGGCAAUGGUGGAUAUGUUGAUAGAUAUAGAUAUCUCUAUUUAUAUAAAUAGGUAGCUAUAUAUAACAAUAUAUAUAUUUGUAAGUGGGUAGAAAUGUAGAUGAAUACAGGAGAAAAAUGGAGAUGGAUAUAUUUAGAGUGGGAGAAACAUAUAAGUAGGAUUUUGUCUACAGCUAAUAGGAAGUUAGAGAGGAAAGAAUAUUAUCAAUAUAGAGUGAGAAAAGCAGAUGAAGGAGAAACAGACACAGAGACAGAGGAAGGAGAAACAGAAGCAGAGACAGAGGAAGGAGAAACAGACAAAGAGACAGAGGAAGGAGGAACAGAAGCAGAGACAGGGGAAGGAGAAACAGAGACAGAGGAAGGAGAAGCAGAAGCAGAAACAGAGUAAAGAGAAACAGAAACAGAGACAGAGGAAGGAUAAACAGAAGCAGAGACAGAGGAAGGAGAAACAGAAACUGAGACAGAGAAACAGAAGCCGAGACAAAGGAAGGAAAAACAGAAGCAGAGACAGAGGAAGCAGAAACAGAAGCAGAGGAAGGAGAAACAGAGACAGAGGAAGGAACGACAGAAGCAGAAACAGAGGAAGGAGAAACAGACAAAGAGACAGAGGAAGGAGAAACAGAAGCAGAGACAGGGGAAGGAGAAACAGAGACAGAGGAAUGAGAAACAGAAACAGAGACAGAGGAAGGAAAAACAGAAGCAGAGACAGAGGAAGCAGAAACAUAAGCAGAGGAAGGAGAAACAGAGACAGAGGAAGGAACAACAGAAGCAGAAACAGAGGAAGGAGAAACAGAAACAGAGAUAGGAGAAGUUGAAACAGAGACAGAGGAUGGAGAAACAGAAGCAGAGACAGAGGAAGGAGAAACAGAGAAAGAGGAAGGAGAAGCAGAAACAGAGGAAGGAGAAACCGAAGCAGAGACAGAGAGCAAAGAGAUUAUCAGUUGAGGUAGAAAAGGAAUGAUUGCUAGAUUGGCAGUGAGAGGGAAUGGUAAAUAUGCAGAUAUAUAUAUGUUGCUAGAUAUUAAUAGACAUACAUAUGAUAGCUAGGAAUAUGUGUUAAGUGAUAGGAAAGAGAGACACAGCAGCGAGAUUAUUAAGAAUGGUGAAAGAGAUAAAAUAGCUAGAUUAAUAGGGGAGAGAAAGUACUGAGAGAAAAUGAGAGAAAGAUCUGUAGAUAGUUAUGAUGACAGAUAUAGAUAUCUAUGACAAUAUAUUUAAAAAGGUACAUUGGUAGGUGCAUAGCUAGAUGUGUAUAUAGAUUGCGAGACGGGUAGAUAUGACAGAUGUAGAGACAAAUAUAUGUGGAGACAGAAGAAUAAAUUGAUAGGGAGAUGGAGAGAGAUUGUCAGAGAAAUGGAAAGAAAGAGAGAAGCAGUGAAAUAAUUAUUGAACAAGUUUAAUCAGAAAUAACUAUUUUCAAAAUACAAAACACCAUAGACAGAUAUACAUUUAUAGAUAGACAGUCUAUAUAUAUAGACAGACGAUAGAUGAAUGGAUAGAUCGAUAGACAGAGACAGACACAAAGAUAAUAGACAGACAGACAAUAAACAGACAGACAGGCUGGCAGACAAUAGACAGACAGAUAGAUAGAUAGAUAGAUAGAUAGAUGUAAACAUGCUUGUUAUUCCAUGUAUUGUCAAAGCCAGAGUAUUCCACAAUUUAUUGAAUAACAAUCCCUAUAGUGAUGCCUGAUUCCGACAGAAUGUGGAGCAGGCUCAGUGUCUUUUCUACAUGUUCCACAUUGUACACAGAUGCACUGCACACUGGAGACUGCUGAAGAGGUUCAGUACUGCCAUAGCUGGUUGAAGGGGACCAAACCUCUAGGGAAGACGGACUUGGUUCCGUUUGACCAGCCAUAGCAGCCUGCAAUGCUUGAGGAAGUGUUCUGUUUUUCUUUAAGGUUGAUUGCUACUCCAUUAACCUGCAAUAGUAAAAUAAAACUCAAUUAAUAUACUGCAUUUAACAUAUUAAAAUGUACCAAAUGAUCUAAAUAGAGUAUCUAGGAUUGUUUUUAUUCAUAUAGAGCAAGUAACAUUUAAUGUUAUAAGAACAUAUAGCACUUGUGAAUGCAAUAUGUCUAUUUAACUGUGAGCUAGCUUACUGCUUCUCAAAUAUGGGAUCUGCACCCAAGAACUUGUUUGUAAUAUGUACUUUGCCAAUCUACAUCAAGUCUUCAUUAAAACUCUCAAGGACUAGUACAUCAGCAACAAACUGUGAAUAUUGCAGGGUCAGGUGGACCCCUCUACUAGGUCUCUAGGACUUUCCAAAAUAUUGGCUCAAAGACACAAGGGAGAAGCUGUAAGACAUUAGAAAAGGCAGAGAGACACAGUGAUAGCUUAGGUGCAAGUAUGUGAGAGGCAGGGAGAUGGGGGCGGUUACAACUAGAGCUUUCAUAAUAAUACAGUCUGAAAAAUACUGAUUUAGAUCAAUUGAUUACAAACACACAGGUAAAUCUCUAUUUAGAAAAACCUGUAGGAUGCCUGUGAGGUCCAAUGUUAUUUCUCACGAUCAUUUAUUUUUGCAUUCUGUCUGUCUUAAGUGUAAAGCUAUCAAAACAGUUAAGUUUCAUACACUAUUUGGUCAGACUAACUGGGGUGCAUUAACAGCCUCCAGGAUCAGAAAAAUGAACCAAAUUACUUAUAUUUUACCUAUGGCUUGUUAUCAAGCUGCUGUCAGUCAUGUAUCUUACGUGCAUUAAAUAUGUAAAGGUCUGAAGAACAUUAUUACAGUGUCUAGUUCUGUUUAUAUUUACGCAAUCUAUCAUUAAUCUUUAAGAAUAUUAGGUUCUUACUAAACACCUAUACUAGUCAUAUUAAAGAAAACGGUUAAUCAUUAUGAACUCAUUAAUAUUAAAUUACAUAUGUCAUAUAAUAAAUGAAAUGAUUCCUAUAUGUAGACGUUCUUUCACUUAGCCUUUUUUAUCUCCAAACCAUAUGAUACAGUAACUGGUGUGCAGACACAGUAGAUGACUUCAGUCAGUUAAUUCUAGCCGCUCUGAACAUAUUUAGCACAAUCUGAUGCAAGAGCUCAUUCUAAACUCCCAAAUAGGGUGUCUGCCAGUUUGUAGGCUGAUGACAACUGUUUCAUGUUUCCAGACCACCUGGUCUGACAAAUCCUAUCCCUACAAUCCCUAAGCACUAUUCAAAACGAUAUGUUGGGUUGGUAUAUCAAAAUAUUACACACACCCCAUAACCUUAUUUAGCAUGUGCAUUAUAAUAAUAAAAAAAAUCAUAAUAAAUAAAUAAUUAAUAAUAUGUAAAAACAUAACACAACCUAGCAGUCUUAUAAUAAUACAAUCAUCCUUAUAAUAACAACAGAUAUAAUGACAAUAACAAUACAUUAAUUUAUAUAUAAAUACAAUUUAGUCAUAAUAAUUAAAACAUGUGAUUCAAUAUUAAUAAUAUCAUUAAUACCACUAUAACUACUAUAAAAUGCUACAAAUGCUACAGUGACUAUGACAUACACUAAUUGUUGGCUUAUAUAAAGCAUUAGUCAUAUAACAAUCUAGAGAGAAAAUUAUAGCUCUGAGUUCACACUGGGUAUUCUUGGUCAGAACAACUGUCUCUUCCCCCUCCCUAUAUCCAGCUCUACCUCACUUAGCAAGUGACCUUCCCUGGUGGCCUGACUCAUUAAUAUCCACCCCCAUGCAAAGAGCAGACUCUCAGCUGACACAUUCCACAUGUGAGUGAGAAGGCCUGGAUUGAGUGUAACAUGGCAAGGCAGAAAGAGGACAGCUGUUAAUUGUGACAUUGACACACACAAACAACCAAACACACACAUAAGUAAAGAUUUUUAUCUACAUUUCCUCCUUACACAGUGAUCUGUUAUAACCACUGGGAGCAGGAUUGCAGUAUUGAUCCACAAAGAGAAAGGACAAAGCAAAUACUAUUUAUACAAAAAGAUAAAAAAAUAAAAUAAAUGUAGACUUUUAACAAAAAGAGUACUGUUUCCUUUUGAUUUAAUGGGAGAGUAUGACUUAGACAAGUCAUGUUGAUUUUCAGAUCAGAUGAUUAAGUGGUCAGUAAUGCUUCAGGGUAAAUGGCCUUUGUUGGGAAAAGCACACAGAGACACUUAAAUAUAGAUGCAUACGUUAGAGUUCUAAACUUUAGUGCAUACCUCCCAAGUGUCCCUAUUUGGAGGGGACAAUCCUCUGUGUCGCUUUUCGGUCACAUUGUCCCUGUUUUCUAGGAGCUCCACAUUGUUGGUGUGUCUGAGUGUGAUAACAGAGCUCCACAGCAAUCAUGCUCCCGGUAAUGUGUCUUUAAACUACAAUAAAUGU